GAGUGCGUAGAGGGUCAGAGUGGGCUAUUAGCAUUUCAGCGACCCCGACCAGCUUCGCCAUGUUUUUUGAGCCUCCAUGUCAUCGCUGACUCUAGGAAUCUAUGGUAGACACACCAUGACGCCUGUAAGCAUUAUGCAUCCCUGUCAUGCUUAUGCGCAGCAGUAUCUUCCUCGAUUCAUUGUGCAUGUCAGGCACGCAAUCCCUUUGUCUGAUACAACGCUGAUUGACUGGCUUGCCUAAUUGAUUGGCUAGUCGAGGGAACGUACUAAAGCUAACACAGUCACCCAUUCAAUAACACUGCGCUGCACGAUGCGGCCUAGAAGAGGUUGCAAUUUAUAAAGAUUCAUAGCAGACGCCGGUCCCGACGAAUCGCAACAGCCCUCUUCCCUCGCACCAGGCUCACCCUUACUCUCACUUUACCCCAUGGAUAACAAGAGCUUUCGCGUUAUCAUUAUUGGCGGCGGCCCGGUCGGGCUCUACCUCGCCCACACCCUCGCGCUUGCUCAGAUCGAUUACAUCCUCUUGGAGCGGCAAGCCUCCGUCCUGAACAAGAACGGCCAUCUGAUCUUCAUCUGGCCCCAGACGGUUCGACUGCUCGAUCAGAUCGGAGUUCACGAGCAACUGAGGGAAGUCGCCAUCCCUCUGCACGCUAAGAAGCGCAUUGAUGGCAUCACGGGCGGGGUCAUGACAAACAGCCACUUCUGGGAGUCUAUGGAAGAGAAUCACGGAUACGCUUUCCUUCCGCUCCUGCGCCCGGAUUUGGUGCGGAUUCUCUACGGCAAUCUCCCGGACAAGGAGACCCGAGUCCGGACCUCAGCCGAGGUGGUGGACAUUCAGACAACCGCGAACGGGGUCCGCGUCUACCUGCAUGACCAAACCGUGCUUCGAGGAGCGAUUGUGAUUGGGGCGGACGGCGUGCACAAUCGCACCCGAUCGCUGAUGCAGACCCUGUUGAGGCGGGCCACGGGGGCCGCCGUGGACAUCGAUCCGAUGGUGGCUCACUUCCACGGCAUCUUCGGCCGGGCCUCUAAUAAGGAUCUUGGGAUCGAGCAGGCAGUGCUGUUGGAGUCGCGCGGCUCCGGAUCAGUAAUCCAAUGCACGGCCACGCGGGAAACCGUCCAUUUCGUAACGCUGACGCCGCUACCUGUUGCUGCCGCGGGUCGGCGCGGGCACCAAGCCACCCUCCAAAAGAUGGAGGCGCACGCAGCUCUGCUGGCUGACAUUGCCGUUUGCCCCGGGGUCCAGUUUGGCGACAUCUGGCGUCGGUCGGACAAGAACACAGCUCGCAAGCUGAACCAAAAGAAAGGAUUCCUGACCUGUUGGCAUCACGACCGCAUCGUGCUGGUCGGGGACGCCGUCCACAAGGGCACCAGCGUCAAUGGCCUCGGGCUGACCUAUAGCCUACACUCAGCGGCGGCCCUAGCCAACAAACUGCAGCAUCUGCUCGCGACCUCCCCGACGAAUCCGUCAACAGUGCUGCUCGACGGCACCUUCAGGCGGUACCAGCGGACCCGCGAGGCCGAGGCGAAGCAGAUUUGGUGCAACGGCCGCGCAAUAAUCCGCCAGGUCACGGCCGUCUCGUGGAUGGCCUGGUUCUGGGAUCACUACAUUCUCCCGUGGGUAGACAUCGAACGCUUCGGCUGGGGGCUCCUUAUUUCGCUGCUACUCAUCCGCCACGGGCAUACCCUCCUAUAUAUCCCAUUCGAAGGGAGGCAAGGAUCAGUGCGCUGGACUCGACAGCCCAAACUGUAAAUAUAGUCGUACUCAUCCGAAGUGGGGGAUCUCGAUGCUGGGGUGGGGGGACCUCCCGCCAUCCUGGGUCUUAACCCUACACGGCGAAUUAUCGCCGCCAUUGGUCAGGGGACCAAUCUGGCAGGAAGAUAGCAAUUUACUGAAAUUGAUUUGCAAUGGUAGAUCUUUAUCACAUGGACGGGCUUAUGGCGCUAGCAGGCGUAAGCUGACGGCCGCUGGUAUUAUGCUUCGCUCGCCCUUUGUAUUAUCUCCGAUCAGUCCGUUCGGUCCUGUACAGACCGACAAGCAUAGAAACUCGUCUCUCUUUCACAUUUAAGAACACUCGACAACUUCAACAGCUCGGAAAACGUCCUAUAAUCAUAACAGAACUGCUUUUUUAUUGAAUUGAG